AUGGAGUUGAACAUGUUACCGGAAGGCUGUGUUUCCACUAUUGUUUCUCUCACUUCUCCGUCGGAUGCAUGCAGAUCGUCGUUGGUUUCGGUGUCUUUUCGAUCGGCGGUUGAUUCCGACGUUGUUUGGGGGAGGUUCUUGCCGUCUGAUUAUCAGGAUAUUAUCUCUAGGUCAUGUGGAAAAUUAAAGAACUUCUCUUCGAAGAAAGAGUUGUUUCUUCAUUUGUGUGAUGGAAUUCUCAUAGACGGUGGUAACAAGAGCUUCAGAUUGGAGAAGUCAUCCGGGAAAAAGUGUUAUAUACUGUCAGCAAGAGACCUUUCUAUAACAUGGAGCCAUAAUCCAGAAUUCUGGAUAUGGGAAUCUUCGCCUGAAUCAAGGUUUCCAGAGGUGGCUGAGCUACGAAGUGUAAGUAAGUUAGAGAUUGAAGGGCAAAUAAGAACCCAGAAGUUGUCACCAAACACAAGAUAUGGGGCUUAUCUUAUAAUGAAAACAAACAGUAACCCAUAUGGGCUCGAUUUGGUGCCUGCGGAGACAUCAGUGGAGGUGGGGACUCAAUUAGUUUCUUCUCACAAGGCUUAUUUGAGUAACCAAGAUGCCAAGAAACAGCAAAUGGAGUGCUUGUUUUACAGCAAUCGAAGACAUAUGAUGAAGCCGAAAGUUGUUGAUUCAAUAAUUAAUGGUAUCUGUGAAAGGACAGAUGGGUGGACAGAGAUUGAAAUGGGAGAGUUUUUUAAUGGGGAAAGUGAUGAGAUGGUGAAGAUGAGUGUGAGGGAGAUAAAGGGUUAUCAACUUAAAGGAGGGCUUGUAAUUGAAGGCAUUGAAGUGAGGCCUAAACAAUAAUAAGAAUUCAAG